CACACGCUGAGAGACGGACGAUCAGAUUCAGCUUCAGACUAAAACCUCCACUUUGACUGAAAGAGGACGACUUCAGGAGGUUACUGGGAACACUGGAACAGCUCCACUUCACCCAGCUGCCGAAUCCACAAACUGAACGACAGUUUUACAGGAAAGUAACUUUGAGAGAACAGGGAGUGGCUGAGCUGUUUGUCUGCUGUGUUUCAGCUUCACUCAGAGACUAAAUGGCUUCCAAGUUAGAGGAGGAUCUCUGCUGUUCUGUCCGUCAGGACAUCUUUAAAGAUCCUGUUGUCCUGUCAUGCAGCCACAGCUUCUGUAGAGACUGUCUGCAGAGCUGGUGGACGGGGAAACAAACCAGAGAGUGUCCGGUCUGUAGGAAAAGAUCUUCAAACAGUCCUCCACCUUGUGAUUUGGCGUUAAAGAAGCUGUGUGAGAGUUUCUUACAGGAGAGAGAUCAGAGAGCUUCAGAGUCUCUCUGCAGUCUGCACUCUGAGACACUCAAACUCUUCUGUCUGGACCAUCAGCAGCUAGUGUGUCUCGUCUGCAGAGACUCAGAAGAACACUCCAACCACAGAUUCAGACCCAUCGAUGAAGCUGCACAACAACACAAGAAGGAACUUCAGGAAACUCUGAAGCCUUUAAAGAAGAAGUUAGAGGUUUUUAAAGAAGUUAAAGAGGAGUUUGAUCAAGCAGCAGAACACAUUCAGGACCAGGCCCGACGCACAGAGACGCAGAUUAAGGAGCAGUUUAAGAAGCUUCACCAGUUUCUAGAAGAGGAAGAGGAGGCCAGGAUGGCUGCACUGAGGGAGGAAGAGGAGCAGAACAGUCAGAUGAUGGAGGAGAAGAUGGAGGCUCUGAGCAGAGAGAUAGCAGCUCUUUCAGACACAGUCAGAGCCACAGAGGACGAGCUGAGAGCUGAACACGUCUCAUUCCUCAACAACUACAAGGCUGCAGUGGAAAGAGUCCAGCAGCGCCCCCUGCUGGAGGAUCCACAGCUGCCCUCAGGAGCUCUGAUAGACCAGGCCAAACACCUGGGCAACCUGGCCUUCAACAUCUGGAACAAGAUGAAGGACAUGGUCUCCUAUAGUCCUGUUGUUCUGGACCCAAACACUGCUGGUCCAGACCUCAUCCUGUCUGAAGAUCUGACCAGUCUGAGAGUAGGAGAAGAAGAACAGGAGCUUCCUGAUAAUCCAGAGAGGAUUGAUUAUUACUCUGUUCUGGGCUCUGAGGGAUUUAACUCAGGGACUCACAGCUGGGAGGUCGAGAUUGGAGACAAUACAUGCUGGGAUCUGGGUGUGUUAGCAGAGUCUGUCCAGAGGAGACGAGGCCUUUGGUCUGAAUUAUGGAGAAUAUGGUUCUAUGGAGAUAAAUACUUAUCAAAGUCACCAUCAGAGGAAGAAACUGUUCUCGUAGUGCAGAAGGAGCUCCAGAGGAUCAGAGUGGAUCUGGACUGGAACAGAGGAAAGCUGUCCUUCUCUGAUGUUGACACUAACACACACAUACACACCUUCACACACACUUUCACUGAGAAGAUGUUUCCAUAUUUUUCCAGUUUUGAUCAGAACAAUACCCCACUGCAGGUUUUACCAGUGAAGGUCUCUGUGGCUGCAGGACAGCAGGAAUAGACGAUCAGCAUCGUCCUGAAGUCUUUGAGGAACAUGUGACCACGUUGUCCUUGUGAUGUUUGUUUGUCAGUGUGAGGAAAUGAUGUCAGACGAGCUGUCAAUCACUCUGUGACUGGCAGGCGUCUCUGUGGUUUCCUGUUCCAUUAUUGAUCAAUUCUGUAAAAACUUUGUUCUCAUUGAUUGUUUUUUGUUUAUUGGUGUUCAAGAGCAAAAAAUACUCUCAACUAUAAGUUAUUUAACAGAUAAUUAAUUAAAAAGGUAAUUUACAGUUGUACAGUAAUAUUUGUAAUUAAAGUAAUUCAUUUUAUGGCAUUUGCACUGUUAAUUCAUUAUUGGGCUUUUAUUGUGAAGGGCCAGGGCAGGUUUGUGGCAGUGGGCAUGGCUUCAUGUACGGCGGCUGACAGUAACCAGAAACCCCACAUUCAGAGCAGAGAAAUAUCCAUACUGUGAUUUGGUUUCAGAAACUUUUGACAUUUAGUAGAUUUGUGUAUUUUGUGCGAUUGUAUGGCAGCAAUUGUGUUGUGUUGCCUGCUGAGAAAGUGUUGCCCCUUAUUGUGAAUCUAGAGUGUCAGCCGUCCAUCCUCUGAACGCUCUAGGUCUCUAGUUUGUGGUUGUAACGUUUCAUGAGGCUGAUUAUCCUAGAGGUCACAGCAGCUCAUUUUAUACACUGAGCUCAAGUUUCACUCACUAACAUCAUCACACAUGAAGAACAUUGGGCUCGUUGAAUCCACAU